GGGAACACCGGGAUGGAGAGCGGCGGGACGGGGAACACCGGGAUGGAGAGCGGCGGGACGGAGAGCAGCGGGCUGGAGAGCGUGGCGGCCCCGGGGCGGUUCCCGUUCCCCUACACCCCGUACGGCAUCCAGGAGCAGUUCAUGCAGGCGCUGUACGGCGCGCUGGACGCCGGCCGGGUCGGCAUCUUCGAGAGCCCCACGGGCACGGGAAAAUCGCUGAGCCUCAUCUGCGGGGCCCUGUCGUGGCUGCGGGACUGGCAGGAGAAGCGGCGGCAGGAGGAGGAGCAGCUGCUGAGGCCGCAGCGGGCCCGGGCGGACAGCGCGGACACGGCCGGACAGCCCGACUGGGUCACGGCCUUCGUGCAGGAGAAACAGGAGCGGGACAGGGUGGACAGGCUGAAGGAAGAGCACAUCAGAAGGAAAAAGCGAGAAGAUGCUCUUGAGAAAAUUCGGCACAAUGUGCAGUUAAAAUACGCGGCAAAGAGGAAGAGAUGUGAGGAGGAUGAGGCAAAGCGCCUCCUUCAGCUCAGCAAGGAGGCUCUUUCACAGGGAGGUGGAGAAGGUGUUCUAGACCAGCUGGAUCACAAUGAGGAGGAGCUGAUUCUUGCUGAAUAUGAGAGUGAUGAUGAAAAGAAGGUGGUAUCUGGGCUGGAAGAUGAUGAUGAUGAUUUGGAAGAGGAGCAUGUUACUAAGAUCUACUACUGCAGUCGCACUCACUCCCAGCUGUCCCAGUUUGUGCGCGAGGUGCAGAAAAGUCCUUUUGGCAAAGACACACGUCUGGUCUCCUUGGGAUCCAGGCAGAAUCUCUGUGUGAAUGAGGAGGUGCGACGCCUGGGUGCUCUCCAACUCAUCAAUGACCGCUGCAUGGAGAUGCAAAAGAACAAACACGAAAAGAAGAGUGAUGAGGAGAAUGAGGGGAAGAAGAGACGUGUGAGUCGUACCGUGUGCCCAUUUUAUUCCUAUGAGCAAAUGCAGUUUCUCCGUGAUGAAGUUCUAGUGGAAGUGAAGGAUAUUGAGCAGUUGGUGUCCUUGGGAAGGGAGACUAAAGCCUGCCCAUAUUAUGGGAGUCGAUUUGCCAUCCCUGCUGCUCAGCUGGUGGUGCUGCCCUAUCAGAUGCUUUUGCAUGAGCCUACCAGGAACGCUGCUGGGAUCAAGCUGAAGGACCAAAUUGUGAUCAUUGACGAGGCUCACAACCUCAUAGACACCAUCACCUGUAUCCACAGCGCCGAGGUCAGCGGCUCUCAGCUGUGCUGUGCCCACUCCCAGCUGUCACAGUACAUGGAGCGAUACAGGAAACGUUUGAAGGCAAAGAACUUGAUGUACAUUAAGCAGAUCCUGUAUUUACUGGAGCGGUUUGUGGCCAUGCUGGGAGGUAAUGUGAACCAGAAUCCUGGAUGUCAGGCAGUUUCCCAAACAGGGACAGUACUAAAAACCAUCAAUGACUUCCUAUUUCAGAGCCAGACUGACAAUAUCAACCUCUUCAAGGUUCAGCGGUACUGUGAGAAGAGCCUCAUCAGCAGGAAGCUUUUUGGGUUUGUGGAGCGAUAUGGGGGCCCUGCCUCAGCUGUGAAGAUCAACAAGGAAAACCAGAAGGUGGCUGGUUUGCAGAACUUUCUUCUGACCCUUCAGCAGGGAUCUGAUAAGGAGGCAGGUACCCCCCAGAGCCCUCCCGUGGAGGCUGAGCAUGACCAGCUCCGAACAGCCUCUCCACUGAUGCAGAUUGAAGGAUUUCUCUCAGCCCUCACAAAUGCAAACCAAGAUGGCAGAGUCAUUUUCAACAGGCAAGGCACAGUGGGUCAGAGCAGCCUCAAAUUCCUCUUGCUGAAUCCAGCUGUCCACUUUGCCAAGGUUGUGGAAGAAUGCCGUGCUGUCAUCAUUGCCGGAGGCACCAUGCAGCCGGUGGCUGACUUCCGAGAGCAGCUGCUGUGCUGUGCUGGCGUGGACCCUGCCCGUAUUGUGGAGUUCUCCUGUGGACAUGUGAUUCCUCCAGAAAAUAUUUUACCCCUCAUCCUCUGCAGUGGUCCUUCCAACCAGGAGCUGGAGUUCACUUACCAGACCAGAGACCUGCCUCAGAUGAUGGAUGAGACAGGUCGAAUCCUUUGCAACCUGUGCAAUGUGAUCCCAGGAGGUGUGGUGUGCUUCUUCCCCUCCUAUGAAUAUGAGAAGCAGGUGUACGGACACUGGGAGAAGACAGGGCUGCUCUCCCGCCUCUCAGCCAAGAAGAAGAUCUUUCAGGAGCCGAAGAAAGCCAACCAGGUGGAGCAGGUGCUGGUGGAAUAUGCCAAGUGCAUAAAGCGCUGCAGCCAGACAGGAGGACAGAUGACAGGGGCCCUGCUGCUUUCUGUAGUUGGAGGCAAAAUGAGUGAAGGGAUAAAUUUCUCCGAUGACCUGGGAAGGUGUGUGAUUAUGGUGGGAAUGCCUUACCCCAACAUUAGAUCUCCAGAACUCCAGGAAAAAAUGACUUGGCUUGACAAAACCAUGGUAAGAGCCACUUACACCUCUGUCUCUUUCAAUUCUACUUUAUAGUACUAACUUUCCAGCACAUGAGUCCCAGAGCUGCCUUCAGAGGUUUUAUUUUCUUUGAGCUUGCUCUCAUUUCCCGGACAGUGUGCUACUGAGAGCACAGCCUUCUCCAGGCUGCUCCUGAACAGGUCUAAACACAGGGAGGAAGUUUGGUGGAGGGAAAUGCCACCAGGACUUGCUGGCAUCUCUGAGUUCCAAGGGGAGCAAGGACCCUCCAAGCCAGUGGGGGUGCCAGGGUGGUAGAAGCUGCUUGCUAGGAUCAUCUGUCCCUUCUCACUGCUCACUGCAGGUGCUGUACCUGGGGACAGAUUUCUGCCUUCAAGGGGACCUUGGGCUGGCUCUUUGUGAAUACUCAACAUGCUUUUCUGACUGCAGCCUUUCUUCUGUCCCUCCUUACUCUCAGCUUGGGCUCUGCCUGGCUCACCCUGCCGGAGUAAAAGUACUCACCUCACUUUGUCACUAAGACUUGCCAAUUUGAUUUACAUCUGCCUUGUGUUCAGACUUGCCUAUUUCUUCUUUCCAGCCCAGAGCUGGUGGCCAGGCACCGAGCAGAGUGCUGAUUGAAAACCUGUGCAUGAAGGCAGUAAACCAGUCGAUAGGUAACUCAUCCUUCCUUGGGCGGGCUGGGGGAUAUGAAAUACACUGAAGGAGGAGGGUAGGAAAAAGGGUGCAUUGCAGAUGAUGGGAACAUGAUCUUCCUUGCCUGAGAACACACAAGUGGCUGGGCCAUUGUUUGUGUUUAUGCUCUGUACAGGCAGAGCCAUUCGCCAUCAGCAGGACUUUGCAAGCAUCGUGCUCCUGGAUCACAGGUACGCGCGCCCUGCCAUCUUCAACAAACUGCCCCAGUGGAUCAGGGAGAGGACCCAGGUGAAACCUGCCUUUGGAUCCGCGUUUGCCGAGUUAAGAAAGGUCAGAACUCGUCAUAUCUUGUGUCCUGCUACCAACACUGUUCCCCACUGUCCUUGUCUGGACCUUUUCCAAGCCUUCCCUUUAGAGUAAGGGCAAGGACAAACUGCCUGCUUUUGUGUGUUCCCAGUUCCACCGAGGCAAGCUGGAAGCUUUGUAAGGUGGAGCAGAGAGCACAUGCUAUUUGUCAUUGUGACUUACAUCUCUGAAGACUAGGUAAAGUUACACAAGUUGCUGCUUUUCUGUUCCUUGGACUUCAUAAAAUCUCUGCCUUCUGCCUCCUUUGUGGAUGUUUUCUGUUCAGUAUCCGAGUGCUAUGAUGGUGAGACAGCCUUCAGCACCCAGCCAGGAGGGAAACUGGCUGUAGGUCUGAGGCAGCUGAAGACAAUAACAGCAGGCACCUACUUGUUUACAGCUGUGAAGGUUUUAUUUAAAUUGAUUAAAUACUUUUCAUAAAAACAC